AUGGGCACGUCUGCUGGGGGAGCUAAUGUGUGCUACGUGCCCCCGUCGCCUCCACAGCCGCUGCAAUUUCCUUGUGUCACCGAGACCAGCCUGUCUGCUCCCACCACAACCUCGACUGCCUCGACUGCAAACGCCGAGUUUGACACCGCGGCCCUCCUUCGUGCAUGGUAUGAGGCGGGUUAUGCCAUGGGCCAAGCACAUGCUGAGCAGGUACCUCCCUUAUCCUGUGAUUAUUAUAUUCCUGUUGCAUUUCAUUUGAAGAAUAAAUUGGCGAGCAUACGAUCGCUUUCGGUCAAUUCUCUUAAGGCCGGUAAUUAA